AUGCCUGGUCUAUCCAGCAAGACUGGCCGGAAGGCAAGCCGUCGGUCGCGGCGUCUCAUGGACAAGCACUCCCAGAGGUCGUCGCACAGGCACUCGCAGAACUCGCCGCGCGCUCUCAGGUUCCUUUUCCUCUCCGAGCUUCUCGAAAUGAUCUUCCUGUACCUGGACAUGCAAACCUUACUCCUGUCCCGCCGGGUCUGCCACACAUGGGACGAGGUCAUCCAAGGGUCCCGCAAGCUGCAACAAGCGCUAUUCUACAUCCCCGACACGACCAUUCCCGCCGAACCAGGCCGCCACAAUCCACUCAGUAUCGACAAACUCUGGUUCAACUUCCCCGGAGCCCCCAUGGGCAUGCGAGACAGCAUGUACGUGGCCGUCUACGGAAGGUCCCGCGCCGCCCUGUUCAUGCCGAGAAAACGGGGAAGAAGCGACGAUGUAUACCGACGUCCCGAGGCGAGCUGGCGCCGCAUGCUCCUCCGGCAGCCGCCCACUUCUUGCAUCUUGUUCUGGGACCCCGACGCGUUUUACAUGAAAAACGCCUAUGUCUCCGAAGAAGUCGAUGCGCAUGCGAAAUGA